GUGAGUCAAACUUCACACGCUCCUCCAAGUCAGAAAAUCAGAUUCCCUCCGUUCAUACCCUCCCAUUGUCUUCUCUGUGUGUGUGGAAAGACAUAUCUUCCUCCUAAAAGAAAAAGAAGUAAUUGUUUUCAGAUUCAGACCAUCUUGCACUCAUUCUCUCCCAUAUUCUGAAAAGGCAGACGAAAACAAAAUAAUAAAGAGGCCACCAUGUUCAGGCAUGAAAAUAAUUCUUUUGUCUUUCCAAUUUCUCUCUCUCCCACCUAUUGCAACCCCAUUGCAAAACCUUCCCUAGGCAGAGAGAGCCCUUAAAGAAAAGAAAAAGGGGAAAAUAUAAAAAAAAGAGAGAUGCUUCCUCAUCUCUCUCUGCACAUCUACAGAGGCGGGUUGGGGGCUGCUGCUUGUGAGGCUGAGAAAAAGUAAAGUGAAAUCCCAAGCACCCCAGCGCAAGCACCCAAAAUUCAGAGCCUUUUCCGAGCGAGAAAAGAAAAGCUGCAACAGGAAAGCUAAAGAAUCAAAGCUUCAAGCACAACCCUUCAGUCUUUCCCCAGAUUCAACCAAAACCCAUUUCUCCAAAACCCUCAAAAUUCACUUCCAAGGAAGCAACCAAGCCAUGAUUUGAUCCAUCAAAACCCCGCCAGAAAGAUGGGUUUUUUCGGAAAGCCCCCGCCUUUACCCUUCCUCUUCCUCACUGUCUCUGCAUUGCUGUUGCUCGCUCAAGUCCCGCUUGCCAAAUCUGCCGCGGACUACACUACUCUGGUCUACAAAGGGUGUGCGAAGCAAGCCUUCGUGGAUCACGGGGUCUACUCGCAGUCCCUCUCGGCCCUGUUCGGAUCUCUGGUGUCUCAGUCCACCAAGUCCAAGUUCUUCAAGACCACUUCCGGGACGGGCCAGACCAGCAUCACCGGGCUCUUCCAGUGCCGAGGCGAUCUGAGCAACACCGACUGCUACAACUGCGUCAGCAGGCUCCCCAUUUUGUCCGACAAGCUCUGUAGACGGACCAUCGCCGCGAGGGUUCAGCUGUCGGGAUGCUACAUGCUCUACGAGGUCUCUGGGUUCACUCAGGUCUCGGGAUUGGCGUUGCUAUACAAGACCUGCGGGGCCAGCAACGGCGCAGGGAACGGGUUCCAGGAGAGGAGGGACACGGCUUUCUCGGUGCUGGAGAAUGGCGUGGUGUCGGGCCACGGGUUCUACACGGCGAGCUACCAGGCGGUGUAUGUGUUGGGCCAGUGUGAGGGUGAUGUUGGGGACUCCGACUGCGGGGAUUGUGUGAAGAGUGCUGUCCAGAAGGCUCAGGUGGAGUGUGGCAGCUCCGUCUCUGGGCAGAUUUACCUGCACAAGUGCUUCAUGAGCUAUAGUUACUACCCAAAUGGGGUUCCCACAAGGUCAUCCUCGGCGUCGUCGUCUUCGUCUUCAUCUUCUUCGUCAGGGUCAGGGCCAAACACUGGGAAGACAGUGGCUAUUAUAUUAGGAGGGGCUGCUGGGGUUGGUUUUCUGGUCAUUUGCUUGCUGUUUGCCCGGAGUUUGCUGAAGAAACAUGAUGAUUUUUAGUGGCAGUGAUCUAGGGUUGAAGAAAAGGCAAAAGAAAAAUUUUGAGGCCAAUUCUUUGUUUUAUGGUUCUUCAUUUUCAUGGAGAGGAGGAUGGACUAUAUUUUUGGGAGGUGGGGCGGUGGAGAUGUUACGGAAGGGAGGGAGUCAAAUGGCGUUGGCAGGUGAACAUGAGGAGAAGAACAUGUGCUUACCGUUAGGUAAAAAGACUGAAUGAGAGCGUUGAAGAGAAUGAGGGUUUGGAAUUAUUACUAAAUUUUUUCACAAAGGUGAAAAAACAAAACACACAAGAAGACUCUACAUGAUGUAGGAUUAGGACUGAAUGUUUGUCAAUUGCCAUUGAUGGAUGCUGUGGAGAAAUGGGUGUCUGCCCUUUGUUAUAUUUAAAUCAAUAGAGGCCAUAUGUCUCCAUUGGCAUUCAUCUCUCUCUCUCUCUCUCUCUCUCUCUCUCUCUCUCUCUCUCUCUCUCUCUACACAAGACACUGCUUACGUGCAAAGUUGUUCUGCUUGUAUUGUGGCUGGAAAUUAGUUUUGGGACAUCAGAAUAUGGAAUUUUGCAGCUGGCAUAUCUUAGCCUUAAAUGCAAGUCACAUGAAUUUGUUGUUGGCACUAAGUUACACACGGAUCGGAUCUGGCCCCGGACCAGUCGGACAGGAAAUUGUCCCCUCUUUUGUAAAUUCGUCAUUGGCAAAGCACACAUCAUAUGAUGACUGUUUUCAA